AUGGAGAAAGAGAAGACGAAACAAGAUAGCCACGAUAGCCAGACACCCACCUCAUCCAGUAACACUACCAGCCAUCAGCCAUUAAAAGACAAAAAUAAAGAUGCACAACUAUCACGCAAGGGAGAAAUUGAAAGAGAAUCAAAACGUCGGUACCUAGAACCCUCGGAGGAACUCUGGAAGCGACUAGAAGAGGCGAUUCCCGGCUAUACAACCAAAUGUAUCUCGCCAUUGCCCGAGGAUUUCGUUGCAGAGUGGAUGGCUGAGAUGGAGUGUGACCCUGAUGAUGAUGGAUCGUCUUCGUCUAAUGGGACAGAUGAUAAGUAA